AGAGGAAAAAAAAACCUUAAAGAGAUACAUUGUUACUGGCAGUGGGGGGAAAAAAAACAGGGGCAGAAAACUGGGGCAAAAGCAAAGUGUGCGGGGCAGAUAGGAGGCCAUGGACACCCCCAGCAGGCAUGUAACUCAGAAGUGACCCCAGGAGGGGGCAGAUCUUUUUUUCUUGUUUUUCUUUUUGGUGGUUGUUAACUAGGAAGACUUUGGGGAGGAAAAAAAAAAAGAAAAACAGGGGGGAGAGGAUUUUGGACAUUAUGCAAGCCCUCAGCCCUCCCCAGCUGGGCAAUAUGGCUGCUGUUUGGAGGCUGGGGGCAGGCAAAGGGGGUAGGAGAGGAAGCUUGUGCUCAGGGCUGGCUGGGAGCUGGAGGCUGAAGCUGGGCCUCUAACUCAGGAGGACUCACAGAGGCCACACACUGCUGGAGAAGGAGGAGGUGAGAGAGGGAGAGGGGAGCGAGAGAGAGAAGAGAGAGAGAAGGAUCUCCAGGAUGGAGCCCAAACACAAGGAGUUACUGCAACAGUGUCACCAGAAGCUGGUGGAGUCCAUCAGGUGUGGCGAUAGACUGGUGGACCUCCUGGAGGAGGCUGGGACCCUCAGCGUCCGGGACAGGCAAGAACUGGACAGCGGCUGCCCCACCGGUAAGGACAAGGUGGACCUCUUACUCAAGAUGCUCCUGGUCAAGGAGAAGGACCACUUCCAAGACCUGAGGGUGGCCCUGGAGAAGACCGAACCCCAUCUGCUCUCCAUCCUCUACCUGAACGGCCUCGGGACGGGAGACAAUGCAGGCUCUACCUACAGCGUUCUCACCACUAUGCCGUCGGACUCGGAGAGCAGCGGCUCCCUCAGCAGUGUAGGUACGUCCAACAAGCCAUCGUCCCCUCCCCCUUCUGCUGCAGACAGCCGUCACGCGAGUGAGAAGCUGGAGACCAUAUUGUCCCAGCUGAGACAGGUAACACGUGAGAGGGACGAGCUGCGAAAGAGGCUGGCGUUGUCCUCUCCAGGGUCAACCUUUGACGACUGCAGGCCAAGUUCCAAUCUUACUCCAGAUUACGAGCGUCUCAAGAUUCAGUGCAUGAAGGCGAUGUCGGAGCUGGAAGCGUUACAAAGCCAGCACUCUAAAGCACUGAAGAAGUGUGAGGAGGCCGCCAAGGAGGCAGAUUUUUACCACACGUUGCACAGCCGCGUCCUGAGUGACCAGACGCAGCUACAGGAGGACAGCGAGAGCCUGCGCCGGAAGCAUGCGCAGCUGCAGCGCGAGUAUACGCACGUGCAACAGUCCUGCCAAGACCUCAAGAGGAUGCACGAAGCCGACCAGAGGGAAAUCUCGGAGCUCCGUCGCCAACAGCAGCUGGUGGUGAAGCAGAACGGUUCCUCCGAGCUGAUCAAUAAGUUGUACGACACGGCUUUGGACAAGCUGGAAGGUGUGAAGAAGGAUUACGACUCUCUGCGCAGACAGUACAAUGAGAAGGUGUCCACUCAUAACUUGGACCUGGGUCGGUUGGAGCAGAGCGAGGAGGAGAAGAGGAGCCUGCAGAAGCAGCUGGAGGGGUUCCUGAAGCAGAGGGACAGCGCCGUGCAACUUCAGCAUCAGUACUCCUCUUCUAUGAGAAGGUACGACUCUAUCCAGCAGGAGCUGAACAAGGCGACCUCGCAGAACAAGGAGCUACAAAGGGAAGUGGAGAGGUUGCAGGCUGAAGCCACGCGUUUUAAGACGAUGCAACUGAAAGCGGUCAAAGAUGCAGAAAAAUACAAGGAGGCAAGGGACUCUGUGUUCAACGAAUAUCGCCUCAUAAUGAGUGAGCGGGACCAGGUCAUCAAGGAGAUGGACAAGAUGCAGACAGAAUUGGAGAUGGCCCAAGGGCGGUUGAAGAACAAUUCAAGUGACAACAGGGUGGCAAGUGAGGAGAUGGAGGCUCUUAGACAGGAGCUGAACUCUGCUCUGGUCGAGCGAGACAGAGCAAUCUUUGAGAGGAAUGAACUCUUGGAGAAGUAUUGCCAUGAAGUGAAGGAUAAGACGGAGGCCCAAAAGGAACUGGACCAGGCUUGUAAAGACAUAGAGACUGUGAAGGAAGAACGCGACGUGGCGCGGAAAGAGCGGACGGAAGCCAUUAUUCAGAGAGACCACCUACUGAGGGAAUACUACCAAGCCAGACAGAUCCAGGAUUCUGCUACUCUAGAUAUGGAGAGAGCCAACAAGGAGAUCGAAGUCCUGAGGAAACAGUACGAGGCCAUGAGUCAUGAGCUGAAGGAGGCCACCCAGGAAGCUGAGGUGGCCAAAUGCAGGAGAGAUUGGGCCUUCCAGGAGAGAGACAAGAUUGUGGCGGAGAGAGAGAGUAUAAGGACUCUGUGCGAUAACCUUCGGAGGGAGCGUGACCGGGCAGUCAGCGAGUUGGCAGAGGCUCUGCGUAACUUGGACGACAUGCGCAAGCAGAAGAAUGAUGCUACACGGGAGCUGAAGGAACUGAAGGAGAAAAUGGAUAACCAGAUCGAGAAGGAGGCCAGGUUUCGGCAGCUGAUAGCUCACAGCUCACACGACUCGGCCAUCGACACUGACUCUCUUGAAUGGGAGACUGAAGUAGUGGAGUUUGAGAGACAGAAGGACGACAUGGACCUCAAUGCUCUUGGCUUUGAUGUGGCCGACGGGGUGAAUGAGCCCUUCUUUCCCGGAGACAGUGGCAUUUUUGUGACCAAGGUGGAUAAAGGCAGCAUUGCUGAUGGCCGGUUAAGGGUGAACGACUGUCUGGUGAAGAUCAACGAUGUGGACCUCACAAACAAGGACCGCAAACAAGUGAUUAAAGCCGUGCUGAGCGGAGGAGACGUGAUCAACAUGGUCGUACGCAGGAGGAAAUCCUUGGGCAGCCGCGUUAUAACGCCUAUCCACAUCAACCUGGGAAGCCAGAAAGACAGCGGUAUCUCUUUAGAGAGCGGAGUGCUUGUGGCUGCGGUGCUGCCAGGGAGCCCAGCGGCCAAGGAAGGAACCCUUGUUCCUGGAGACAGGAUAGUGGCCAUCAACGGCAUAACUCUAGAUAACAAGUCUGUCACCGAGUGCGAAGCUCUGUUACGCAGCUGCCGGGAAUCUUUGAGUCUUUCCUUGUUGAAGGUAUUCCCUCCCAAUACAUCCUGGAGUGGGCAAAACCUCUUUGAGAACCUGAAGGAGUCAUGUCGGGUACUUCCCCCCAAUAUACAGUCUCAGAAUAAAAGGAACGUGAAGAAUAACAGCUCCACGCAGACAGACAUUUUCUGCCCAGACAUCAUGGAUCAUAAGAAGGAAAUGGCGGACGGAAAUGGAUCUGAGAGGGCCCUUCAGCUAAGUUGUCAUAGCCAUUCCGAGCACAGCCUGGGUUCCCUCGGAGGGGAAGUUUUCAUGGGCCCUGGCUAUGAGAUGCUGGAUGUGCAGGGAGGGCCACUAGGUUUUGCAGACACUAUAGAGGAGACACUGAUUGAGGUGUCUACAGCCAAGCAGAGCAGUGGCACUUGGCCCAAAGUCAUGGUGAGCCCAGGACAUUCACAGAGUGAGUUCACCGUCUUCAAGAGGCCCAGACAGAGGAAGUCAAUCUUUGAUCCAGAUACUUUUAAGAGACCUCAGACUCCUCCAAAAAUGCCUUACCUUCCUCCUGUUCCUGUUCUAGCUCUCUCAUCCCAGGCCCCAAAGCCAGAGAGGCCACCAACGCCUCCCACUCCUCCAAAACGCAGUGACUCGAUCAAGUUCAAACACCGACACCAGUCUAGUUCUGCGUCAGACUCUACUGUAACGGCGGGGUCCCCACCUACAAGCCCAUCCCCUGUCCCCAUCCCGCUGACCAAUCAGGAUGGCUCCCACAAACCUCACCACAGUAGGGUUAUUGGCAAGUGCUGCCGGGAAGAUGGCAACGAUUGUGUCUUGCCAGGCUUUCGGGGCAGCGGAGAGGUCGAAAGUUGUUUACAGAGAGCGGAAGAGCCUGAAGUGAAGAGGCCCAGGCCGCUAUCUGCACCGGCUUUAAAGCACCGACUCGCACCUGUAGCUAUCCCCCACACAGGCCUGCAGGUACAGAAGUUCCCCCAGAGUCCAGAGGACCGAUUUUCUCCUGAGCUUGCCCACGAUUGUGUCCGUUUCUCCCCCACGCGCUUCCCCCGUCACAGUGAAGCGUUUGCGGCUUCCAUGUGUGCGCCAGGAAUGUCAGGUACUGUACCCCGGAGUCUGGCUCCAUGCCCUGCCGUCACUGCGGUUUUAAGGAAUCCAAUCUACACGGCUUGGAGUCAACGGGUCCCUUCUAAUAACUGCCCCUCGUCCACAGGGCAGGUUUGCUCACAGCACCAGCACCCGAGCGCCCAACAUCAUGGCCGGCUGAGCCUGGACCUGAGUCACAAGCACCCGGCGGAUUACUGCGAAAACUCUCGCCCCAGGGUACCUCAUGGAUCCAACUCCCUCCCCUCUAGCGCGAGGUUGGGUUCCUCCAGAACGGAACGCAUUAAAAUCCACAUUACCCCACGAUACCCACGGUGCACUAUGGGUUCAGACAGAGGUUCCUUGUCGCACUCGGAGUGUAGCAGUCCGAGUCUGGCCAGCCCUCCCCAUUCACCUCUCAAUUUGGAGACCUCUUCUUUCGCCAGCAGCCAGUCUCAGAACUCUGUUGCAAGUUUACCUAGGAUCUCCGUCAGCACUGUCCCCAUGGGGGAUCGACGGAAGGACAGACCACUAGUGGAGGAGCCGCGGCACGUGAAGGUGCAGAAAGGCUCGGAGCCCCUCGGUAUUUCCAUCGGUGGUGGGGAGAGUGGAGGUAUCUUUGUCUCUAAGGUUACUGCCGGAAGCAUUGCGCAACAAGCGGGCCUAGAGUAUGGAGACCAGCUGCUAGAGUUUAACGGCAUAAACUUGAGGAACGCCACGGAGCAGCAGGCGCGCUUGAUCAUCGGGCAGCAGUGUGACACCAUCACCAUCUUGGCUCAAUACAACCCGCACAUGUGUCAGUCCAUCCACUCGAGGUCCAGCUCGCGUCUGGACACCAGUAUGUCUCAUUCCACGCCACACAGCAGCGGGGCGGCCACGCCUGACAAUCAUUCCGUCAUUGACACUGUGAGCGAGCAAGAUGAGGGGACCAUGACUCCUCCUUCCAAGGAGACCACGCCCAGCACGAGCCCACGCACUUCACUCAGGACCCCAGUACAUGGGACUAAGAAGCACUCGGAGAUCCGCACGGUCACCUUGUCCAAGUCCCCGGUGGAGCUGGGAGUUCAGAUUUGUGGGGGCAACCUGUUCGGGAUAUUUGUUCUGGAUUUGGAAGACGAGAGCUCAGCUGGUGGGGCUGAGGGCUUACUUAUAGGGGACAUGAUUCUGGAGUAUGGAUCUGUGGAAAUGAGAAACAAAACGGCAGAAGAAGCUUAUCUGGAAAUGCUCAAACCCGCAGAAAACGUCCGGCUAAAAGUUCAACAUAAAAUAGACGAAUUCAACAAAAUCAAAGACCAGCCUGGGGAUGGAUUCUACGUAAGAGCACUUUACGAGCGGCAAGCAGAGCUUUCACAAGAGUUGAGUUUCAAGAAGGACGACAUACUUUACGUGGAUGACACCUUCCUCCAGGGGACGUUUGGCAUGUGGAUGGGGUGGCAGCUCGAUGAGAACGCCCAGAAGCUGGAGAGAGGGCAGAUACCCAGUAAAUACAUUAUGGAGCAAGAGUUCUCGAGGAGGCUCAGCUUGUCGGAAGCGCGAGAUGAAGCCGCGGGGAAGACUCUCUCGGCUGCUGCUAGACGUUCCUUCUUCCGCAGGAAACACAAACACAAGCGCAGCGGAUCUCGGGACGGCAAAGAUCUCCAGGGCCUGGAUACGAUCAGCACGGAUUCCAUCCCCUUCCUGGACGACUCGAUGAGCUUGGCCUACCAGAAGGUACAGAGGGUGGACUGCACCUCUCCUCGACCCGUGCUCAUCCUGGGACCUCUGGUGGAUGCCGUGAAGGAUAUGCUGGUAAAAGAAUCUCCGGGGAAGUUCUGCAAGUGUCCUCUUGAGGUGAUGAAAGCCUCCCAGCAGGCCAUAGAGCGUGGGGUGAAGGAUUGUCUCUUCAUAGACUACAAGCGGCGUAGCGGCCAUUUUGAUGUCACCACAGUGGCCUCAAUAAAGGAGAUAACAGAGAAGGACUGUCACUGUCUGCUGGACAUUGCACCCCACGCCAUUGAACGCCUCCACAGCGCUCAAAUCUACCCCAUAGUCCUGUUUAUCCGGUACAAAAGCACUAAGCAGAUCAAGGAGCAGAAGGACCCGAUCUUUCUAAGGGACAAAGUGACGCAAAAACAUUCCAAAGAGCAGUUUGAAACCGCACAGAAAAUUGAGCAGGAAUACAGCAAGUAUUUCACAGCUGUGAUCCAGGGGGGUGCCCUGAUUAGUGUUUGCACUCAGAUAAUCUCGAUUGUGGAGCAAGAGCAAAACAAAGCCCUGUGGAUCCCGGCAUGAGCGCCGUGAAACAGCCGUACCCAUGCUUCGUUGACACCCGUCCAUCGUUGGUCUUCUGCCGUAACGCUCGCGGUGGUCUUUUUCGAAGACUUGACAAUGGGGACUUCUCAGAAGUUGGGGACUUCACAAUGGAUAAGCCACUGAACGCAUCUCCGAGUCAAUGGAAGCACCGCAAAGUCCACCGCUCAAUGGAUAACCAGCUGCUAGGAGAUAAAGCCAAUGAAGUAGAGACGUUGAUGGAGCAGAGACAUGGGGGAGCCCUUGCCUUAUCAUUAAUGGACUCGCCGAAGCUUGCAUUGGAAGGAGGAUUAGGAGUAGCCAUUGAAAUGUCAAUGGUGAAGCU